ACAACAAACUAAACACUCCGAAGUGUUACAAACACUUUGAGGUGAGUCAACCUACCAACAUGAAGCUGAACAGCAAGAGUUUGAGAUUGUCUUGCAAAUCCCACAAUCCCGGGAUCAAAAUCUCAACUUGCACACUACCCAAUUUCCUAAUUCGAAUUCUCCUUCUGGGUCUCUGUUGUUUCUUGGUCCCUGCAUCUUGUUCCCGGAAGCCCCCACCUCUUCCAAUUUUGCCCCUCCCAACGACUUUCCAGCUCCAAUGGCAACUUGACGGCAUGGCCCUCUUCUUCCACUUCGGCACCAACACCUUCACAGACUCAGAAUGGGGCACCGGCCACGCCAACCCCACCGUCUUCAAUCCCACUAAGCUCAACGCAUCGCAGUGGAUAAGGGUCGCCAAAGAUUCGGGCUUUUCGCGAGUGAUCCUCACUGUGAAACACCACGACGGGUUCUGCUUGUGGCCCUCUGAUUACACCAAUUAUACGGUGCGUUCCAGCAACUGGAGGAACGGGAACGGAGACGUCGUCGCCGAGCUCGCCGCCGCCGCCAAGGAUGCCGGCGUUGGACUCGGGUUUUACCUCUCGCCGUGGGAUCGCCACGAGGCAUGCUAUGGUGACACGUUGCAGUAUAACGAGUUCUACUUGGCCCAAAUGACUGAGCUACUCACUAGGUAUGGAGAGGUAAAGGACAUUUUUCUGGACUCUGCAAAGGAAGACGAGACGGAUAUGCAUUAUCUCUUUGAUAGCUGGUUUUCCCUGAUUCACCAGCUCCAACCAGGAGCCAUUGUUUUUUCUGAUUUGGGUCCUGACACUAGGUGGGCUGGUAAUGAAUAUGGUGCUGCUGGCUCCACUUGUUGGUCUCUAUACAACAAGACAGGCUAUGAGAUUGGGUAUAUUGAUAGCCAAUACAAUAGCGAGGGAGACCAAUUUGGUCCUGAUUGGUUACCUGCUACAUGUGAUGUCUCUAUUAGGACCGGUUGGUUUUGGCACGCUUCAGAACAACCUAAGUCUGCAAGGAGUUUACUUGAGAUAUACUAUAAAUCAGUUGGAAGAAACUGUCAGCUGUUAUUGAAUGUGCCACCAAACUCCUCAGGUCUGAUUUCAGACGAGGAUAUCCAAGUUCUUCAAGAGUUCGCUGAACUUAAGAGGUCCAUAUUUUCUCACAAUCUGGCUAUAAAUGCUGUUAUUAAUGCCAGCAGCAUAAGAGGGGGAAUUCAAGAGACUCACUUUAGUCCCUACAAUGUUCUUGAAGAAGGUAUAUACACAUAUUGGGCUCCCUGGGAGAACCAAUCGAAGUGGAUAUUGUACAUAGAUCUCCAAGAACUAGUAUCCUUCAAUGUUUUGCAAUUACAAGAGCCUAUUAACAUGGGACAGAGGGUGAUUGAGUUUCACCUUGAGGCUUUGAGCCAAGAUGGUGUGUGGAUGAGAGUUGUAAAUGGCACCACCAUUGGAUAUCAGAGGCUGUUGCUGUUUCCAAAACUGAAGGCUCAGUAUUUGAAGCUAGUUAUGGACAAGUCACGUGCAGACCCAUUGAUAUCUUACUUUGGAAUUUACAUGGAUCCUGUUACUAUUUUGAGCGACAUAUCUGAUAAAAAAUCAGGAGCCUGUUUCAAUGGAAGUCAAGUUCUUCAAACCACUACAAACAACAGUUACCCAAGUGCUACAAUGUAAACUGUUUGUAAUUGUAAAAUUUGGAAACAUUUUACGUGCAAAAUAUACGUUCAAUUUUCUUAGUUCCUUUGUAAUUCAUGAACUGUUUGAAAUAAUACUGAGAAAUAUAAUGUUGCAAUUUAUAUUCUAAUACACUUA